AUGAUAUCAAAAUUAUUGUCAAUAUUAUUUGGAACAAUAUUUACUAUGUUAAUAGGUUAUUGUUGGUAUUCAAUUAUAUUUCGAAAUCGAUAUAUGAAAGAAGCAAAUAUAAAAUAUGAGAAAGAAAAAGAAAAAGAAAACAAUUAAUAAAAUAAUUAGCCAUUAUUAUUUGAACUAACAGGAAGAUUUUUAUAAGCUUGUUUAAUAACAAUCUUUUACAAUGUAUUAAAGUCCAAAGUAAUGACUCAUAAUAAAUUAUAGGAUGAACGUGAUUUAAUUUUGGCGCUUACUUUAGCUGUGUUUUUUUGUUUGA